AUGUGCAGUAUUGGGGCUCUCUAUCGCUUAGAUCGCCGUCGAGCCCGGCGUCUUUGGGAUCUUCCGCUGAGGCUGAUUGAGCCAAUCCUCACGAGGGAUUGUCCACUCUGGGUUAUGCAAACGAAGUUUCUCUUAACGUUCUUCGCGACAUUCAGUGGCGACAAAGACUUGGCGGCCCAGUCUAUAGGGGAGUGUAGUCAUUACACUUUAUUGUACGCAAAGAUGCGGCGUCAGCUGCAACAAGAUAACGCGGACCUCCUGAGUUCAACAUGGGCAGACUGGGUGCAACGCGAAUCAUGGAAGAGACUCCUUGGUGCCAUUUAUGUGACAAACACGGUCAACAUCAUCAUCUACGGCCUCAGUCCUGCCUUCAAUGCCAGUCAAGAUCUAGAAAUUGAGUACUUCCAUGACGAGAACCUCUGGAAUGCGUUAACAGCCAAUGAGUGGCGAGAACUGCGAGCCGCUUACAGAAAGAAGAACUCAAGAACCACCAAGGACAUUCUGAAAGAUGUUUUAGCCGAGAACACCGAUGAUUCCAGUUUCGAAUCAUACAACAUCUCACCAUUCUCUGCGCUCAUCCUGGUACAUGCUAUCCUCAUACACACCUGGCAACUCUCCCAACUUUCGGAAACCUCAGCGAUUUUCUCCUUUGGUUCAAUAACUGGGACUUCCUCUCUAGGGAGCUCUCUUCUCUCAAAUGCCUUGAUCUCUCUAGACAGGUGUCACGGGCUACUGAAGCAAACUCGAGAAGGUCAGCUUGAGGAUAUGGACGACAACGACAUCACGUCGCUAUGUUUCAGCUCACAUGCGAUCCUUAGAGCCGCCUACAUCCGGCUCUUUGAUAACACUAAGAGUUUCGAUCGUCUCUGUCUUCUCGCUGAAGACCCAAGCACCAUUAACAGCAACGUCACCACGUUCGCGAACACGAAGCUAGAGAGGAACAUCGACUGCGUGAAGGUCAUCGAGAAGACGCUGGAGGGUAUCCAGCUACCAGUGAAGAUGGGCCACAUGCUCAUACGUAAGACAGCUGCUUUCAGAUGGAGCGUAGAGCAUGCGGUUGCAGCUUGGGACAAUGUACUAUUCACCACGAAAUGGGCUCACGCGAUCGAAUUAGACAGGAGAAGGGGCAUCGAGCCCAGUGCAGCUGAACUAGGCCUGCUCAUGAAGAUCAAGGACGUACUCGAGGAAUCGGACUAUGACACAGAUGAGAGCACAUCCCUCGCUGCAGGCUUAGCUAAAACUUGCAGUCUAUUCCUUCAAGACGUAUGGGUAUGGGGUAUCACAGUCAGGAUGGGCGAUGUUCUAGAGCGAUUGGCACGGGCAUACGAGCGAGAGAUGGAGGCUGCUGGGCCUGCAUGUCAACCACAGAACUAG